AUGAAUCUGACCGAAUUUAACCAAUUUAAUCGCUGUGUGCAUUUCUCCUGUCCAGAGCGAGAUGCAUCACCAGUUUAUAUCUUACUCUAUGUGUGUUCAGCUGCUGUGGUUCUUCUAACAGUGUGUGGAAAUAUGCUGAUCAUCAUAUCUGUUUUUCAUUUCAAGCAGCUUCAAACACCAACGAAUAUUCUUGUGCUCUCUCUGGCGGUGUCAGAUUUCCUCGUGGGUGCUUUAGUGAUGCCUCCGGUGUUAAUUUGGACGAUCGAGUCAUGCUGGAUUUUCGAUAAACGUUACUGCAUCUGUCUGCUGACCACUUCUUUUAUUCUUGCAAAUCUGUCCAUCUACAAUGUUGCUUUAAUUGCUGUGGAUCGGUAUUUGGCUCUCUCAAACCCUUUUUUCUACACAAACACAAUCUCUACAAAGAGUAUGUGCAUCGUGGUUUAUUUUAACUGGUGUUUGUGUCUGCUGUAUAACACAUCACUCUAUUAUUUCAGUGAGAGCUUUGCAAAUUCUGUAAUGUGUCCUGGUGAGUGUUUUCUCUUAAUGAAUGAGUUGUCCCUUGCAAUUGACCUUGUAGUAACCUUCAUAUUUCCACUUUCUGUCAUAAUCAUAUUGUAUACUCUAGUUUUUGUGAUUGCUAAGAAACAUGCCACUGCUAUCAGAGAACUUAAUAAUAACUCACGUUUUAAAACACAGAAAAUCAACUCACACUCAAUGAAAUCUGAAAGAAAAGCAGCUAAAGUCCUCGGCAUUUUAGUGUCUGUGUUUCUGGUGUGUUUACUCCCAUAUUUUAUUUACACUUCAUUGGGUGAUGUUAUUGUAUUACAGUUAGAAACAAUUCAAAAAGUUUUGAUUUUGCUUUAUCUUAACUCCACCAUUAAUCCAGUUAUUUAUGCUUUGUUUUACCCAUGGUUUAGAAAAUGCAUUAAGUUAACUAUAACACUACAAAUAUUUCAAACAGACUCUUCGUUAAUCAGUGUUAUUUCUUGA